UAGUAGAUGACGCUAAUCCUUCAGAUGAUAUUAUGUAUCAAUGGACUAAUCCAGCUGGUAACAUCAGGGGUGGAGUCUUAACCAUAGCAACAGUUUUAAUGAAGCAUAUCGGACAGUAUUCAUGUAUCGCUACAAACUCGGUUGGUACAUCAACAAGAACGAGGCAACAAAUAGAUGUACAUUAUAAACCUGUAAUUUCUGGCAUUCAAGAUUAUAACAUUGAAGCAGGCGAAACACUUACUGUUACUCCAACAGUAGAUGCUAACCCUCUCCCUACAACUAUAUGGUGGACUCGUCAGAAAAAUAUCAGCUUUAUAUAUCAUGGAUUCAAUCUUACAAUCAUGAAUAUACAUAAACGGGACACUGAUAACUAUACAUGUCAUGUGAUGAACACUUUAAGACUAUCAGGGGUAUCUGUGCAGAACAGAACUUCAAAAAAAGUUUUUAACAUUAAUGUUCAGAAGAUACCCAAUGAAGAAACAGUAAACGGUGCUGCGAUCGGUGUAGGAACAGGAUUUGCUAUUAUCAUAUUGACAUUAGGAGUUACCAGUCUAUUCGUUUUUAUGUACAGAAAACGUCGAAUGACAAAGAGAAAAGAAAACAGCAACAGCAAAGUAUAUGAAUCAGGAUUAGAAAAACGGAGACAACUGUCCGAAACAGACAAUCAUUUAUAUAAUGAGUUACAAGAUCUAAAAUCAGAUGCUAAACAGCAGCAUAAAAUCUCAGAAAGAAUCUCGAACACUUACGAAGAAUUUGGAGAAGUCAAGAGCAAUACGAAUGAUAAUAUUUACGAAAAUAUGAAAAUAUCAACCAACGAGAUACAAAUACAUCAAAAAGAUACGAAUUUAUAUGUAAAUAUGGAACUAAAACCUUAAAAAAAAUCUUAAUUAACCAGUGUUGUUUGAUAACUUACUGAAAACUUAAAACAGUCUCUACAUCAUGAUACAUUUCAAUCAUGGACUGCAUUGCUUUGAAAAAAGAUAUCUAAAUUGUAGAAUAUCUUUUGUACAACAGUUGUAAUGAUAAACUAUGCAUAGCGAAUUUCAAGAUUGAAUGAAAGAAUUCUAAGGUUGUUCUAUCAACAUUUUGUUAGCAAUUGAAUCCACGUUCACUUAAUUAUAAUGUAAUUGGGCUUCAUGCUAUUGAAUGUUCUAAAAUGAAUUCACAAUAUAUCUACAAUAUUCAAUUUAACAAUGGAAAUUUUCUGUGUUUAUAUUCAUCUUUUUCACUAUAUCCCUUAUAACAAACACACGUUCAAUUAAAGAACACUUACCCAAACACUAUUCACAAGUUUCUAGCUAAAUUCUGGACAUACAGACCACAUCAGUUUAGUCAACACAGGUUUGUUUCAUACACAACUAUGUUUUACUAUAUUGAAUCUUGGGUCUCCUAUUUUUGUUGCUUUAAUAUUUAACAUUGAAAAGCAAUAGCUGCCUGUACAAAAAUAUAUGUUUUAUUGAGCACAUGUUAGCUUUUUAUCUAUUCAACUUACCCCUUACAUGCGUGAUAAUGUGAACGCUUCAUUGUGUUUGAAUUUCGAGCAAUUCUAUAGAUUAAGUAGGUUUUUAUUAACUUUUAAUUUAAUGAAAUUAUCUUAACAUGUACCUUGAAUAUAUUAGAUAAACAAAUCGUCAAAAAGGCAAAAAAGUAUCUUUUUUGUUUGCUUUUGUUUAUCAAUGAAUUAAAACUGUUAUCAAUUAUAUCAUUAAAGUAGAAACAAGACGAAGGUAUAUCUCCACUUUAUUAAUACAGUACAAAACGAAGCUAACGCCCAUCAAACAAUAUUUGAUAUUAAUUUUACAUAGCUGCUUAAUUAACAAUAAUAUUUAUAUGUUUAUAAUUAUAUUUACUUCUUAUAUCUUCUUAUUUAGAAAUUUGACAAAUCGAUAAACC